AUGUGUCAAUCAUCAUCGUACGGUUUUAAAAAAAAAGAAAAAAUGAUAACAACAAAUAAUAAUAACGGUGAGAAUAAUAAUAGUAUUAAACGUGUUUUGUCAUCGUCAACACCACCAUCAUCACCGCCACUCCUUAAAGAAAAGGAAAAAAAACAUGUACACUAUCCAAUAUCCCCAGAAGAGAAUCAACAAAUUUUUAUGUAUGAAAAACAACAAAAGAAAAAUAAAAUUAGUCUAAUUAAAAAUAAACAACAAGAAGAAGAACAAGAUCAUUUAUUAAUUACAAGUCCGAAAACGGACACAAUUAUCUAUGUGGGUGAAGAAAUAGCAAAUGGGCUAAAUCAUGAUAAAAAUUUAACAGGUAAUACAGUUGAAAAUUUUAUCAACGCAUAUAGACAAUUAAUCGAGGAUAAAAAUCAAUUAUCAAACGGCCAUGCAAUUAAAAUUAAUGAUGAUGAUGGUCGUCGUCGUUGUGGUACCUGUUGUUGUUUAUCUCGUGUAAUUCGUCGCCAAUUAUCAAAAUCAUGCUCCCCAAUACAAGAGUUUGUUCAAGUACAAUCUUCAUGGUCAUGGGUCAUAUUAAUAGCCGGUUUUUUAACAUAUUCUAUAGGCGAAGCUUUGACAAGCGUUUUUCCAAUAUUGUUUGUUGCUCUUCAAGCAGAAUUUACAAAUGAAGGUUCAUCACGUUUAGCAUGGGUACAAUCGAUGAUGAAUUCUGUGCCCUGUCUUAUUGGACCUAUUGCGUCGAUAUUAACUACACGUUUAGGCUAUAGAAAGACAACAAUGUUAGGAGGAUUUAUCACCUCAAUGUCAUUGUUAGCUAGUUCAUUUGCUCGAAAAUUAGAAAUAUUAUAUUUGACAAUGGGCUUCUGUUAUUCAUUUGGUAAUUCACUUGUACUAGUGGCAACCGUAGUAGCUGUUACUGAACAUUUCGAAUAUAAACCCUCAUUUGCAUCUGGAGUGACAAUUAGCGGUGGUGCAUUUGGCCAAUGUGUGUUUGCUAUUGUUUUACAAAAAUUGAUUAAUCGUUAUAAAUGGUAUGGUGCUCUAAUGUUAUUUUCUGGUAUUGUUUUUCUUAUUGUGGCAUUUGGAGCACUGUUCAGAGAAGUCGAGUACGAUGAAGAUGAAGAAGAAGAGGAAGAAGAAGAAAUCGAUGAAGAGACAGAGAAUCAAGGUGAAGGUGGUAAAAACGAAAAUGGUGGUGGUAAUACCGAGUUGGAAACAUUAGAAAAAAAUGAAAGUACCAAAGGCAAAAAGGACGAUAAUAUUGAUGAAACAACAACCGACUUUAAUAGGACAGAUGAUGAUGCAACAGAUAUGGUAUUCUAUGAUCAGUUGGGAAAACAAGAUUUAUACGAUCAAUACUCAAAAUCUGAAUUAUGUUUACCGACAGCUGUUAGACAACACUUCGAAGAUGAAUAUUUGUAUCGAAAAGCAACGCGUGACGGAUAUCAGUUAAGUCAUGAAGAUCGAGCAGCAUCAAUAAAUCAAAUUGAUCUACAAGAACAACAAAGUGUACCUAUUGAACAUAGUAGCAGUUGCAAAGACAUUGUAUUUCCAGAACCGAUUGCUGAAACGUUAGCUCCGUUAUCAUUGAUUAAACCAACAAAUUCAAAGUCAAAUAAUUCAGCUACGAAAAAACGUUCAAAUGUAAAUCCAUCAUCUAAAUUCGUUCGACGUACUCAACGUUCAUCAAGUACAAACAAUGAUCCCGGUGUAACCACUGUACUUCAUUAUCCAUUUCAUCAUCAACACCAUCAUCCACAACGUCAUCGACAUUCAUCAGUUUGUCAUCACCCAGCACACCAUCAUUCCCAUCAUACAUCCGCUUUACAAUGUAAUUAUGGCGCUAAUAUAUCACAGCUACGUCUAUGUUCAAAAAAUAUUUAUAAUUAUGAAAGUUUAUUGAAUAUUUGUAAAUUACAAAGUUUACAUUUUCGUAUUGAUCGAAGUCUGUCGUGUCCAAAUUUAUUUUCCUCAAAACAACUCAUACCAUUUCCAGUCGUUGGUGAUGAAGAUGAAGAUGAAAAAAAAACAAGAAAUCCAUUUAAAAUUAUUUACCGUGAACUAUGUCAAUUGGUUAAAGUACUGAGAAUAUUACCAUUUUUAUUAUUGUGUUUUAGUGUUACCAUUAUCACAAUAUUUUAUGAUGCAACGUGGACAUUUCUCAUUGAUUAUAUGAAAAAAAAUCAUUUAUCAGACGAUACUGGUUCACAUUUGAUUCUAGCCGUUGGUAUUAUUUCAAUAUUUGGAGAAAUUGGCUACGGUUAUAUGGGUGAUAGUAAACGAAUACAUCCUUUAUAUUUGUAUGCUACUUCAUUAACUGUCAGUGGUCUUUGUCAUUCUUUAAUACCAUUUGCUAUUAAAUCGUCAUCAAAAUUAUUACCAUUAAUGUUAUUUAUUGGUUUUUUACAAUCGGCACAAGAAGUUCUAAUGCCGAUAUUGUGUAUUAAAUUUGCCGGGGCAACAAACUUUCCGAGUGCAUAUGGAAUGUUAUUGUUAUGUCAAGGUAUUAGUAGUCUUCUUGGACCACCAUUAUUAGGUGCUAUUGCUGAUCGUAUGCGUUCGUAUGAUUUAACCUACUAUGCAAUAUCUUUGGGAACAGUUGUUGCUUCAUCGUUCUUAUUUACCAUGCCAUUAGUUCAAAAAUUUUAUAAAUAUAUUCGUGUAAAAAAGAAAACAAAUUCAACCAUUACCAGUGGUGGUAGUGGAAAUGCCAGUGGCAUUGCAUCAGCAUCAGAUGGUAAUGGUAUAACACGAGCAACAUCAUCAUCAUUUGUUAAUCAUAAUAAUAAUAAUUAG